UCUUCCCGGUGCGCGUUCAUAGCUGCGGCAGUGGCGGGCCCAGCAGGAGGAGGUGGCGAAGCUGGAGGCAGCCAUAGCAGCAAGAUGUCAAGAGGAAGAAGAGGAGAGAUUAAAGAGGGAGCAGGAGAAGGAGGCUGCCAUGAGAUCCCACCAGAAAGAGAAACUGAGACUGUUUUAUUUAAAGCAGCAGAGGAGGAGGGAGUUGCUGGAAGAGAGGGAUCAGAAGGCACUCGCAGCUCUUAGGAGCGAAAUGGAAGAACAGGCGAGAAGAGACGGGGAGAGGGUGCUGUUUCGCGCUGAUGUGUUGCAGAAACGAAUGAAGGAGAGAGAAAAGCAGGAGCUGGAGCAGCAGAGGGAGGAACGAGAGAGACACGAUCGUCUGGAAGCUCUCAGAAAGCAGGUUGAGGUGGUGGCAGAGGCCGACCCAGAGAGGAUGAUGGCGGAUACAAAAGCUUGGAGGAGCCGACGCCUGAAUGAGAAAGAGUUUGAGCUGCAGAGGCCUCUCUACAGUAUUAACACGUACACAGACAAACAGAUUGUGUCAGAUCCAAGAGUCCGAGCUGAGCAGGCUUUCCGAGAAGCUGGAGUACACCAAAACCAGUACGCCAAGGAGGCCCUGUCCCAAAUCAAGCCUCCUAAGCCACCGAGACGAGACACAAAAUCCACAUUUCAAUUCUGACAAGAAUUGUGUUUGGCUCAUGUUGUUUUGUUCCAAGCAUUUUCCUUUUUCUCUUUCAUUUAAAACGGUAAAUAAAUUCAUAUAGCGCUUUU